AUGUCUUCGAUGUCUUCCAGAGCGUUCAUGGAGGAACUUUGCAAUGACGCGGGCGGGUACAGCAGGUUUCUUCGUAUUUUGGCAUUCCACCACCUUUGUUGGUGGGUUGCUAUCACCGUCGUCCCUGCAGUUUUCCUUGAUCACCACAGGUGCGAGGCGAAUAUGCCUUACUGGGCCUGGGGGUUAUACGGGGCAACCGUCCUGGCAAUGUUGGUGAUGGCGAUUCUGAUGGAGUUGACUAUGCUCCAGCGACUUGGGCUGCUACAGGCCAGCCAGCUGGCAUCUUUUUGGCAGGAAAGACGUUGGUGGCUGCCAUUGGCUUCUACAGUGCUGUGGAAGUUGGACAGCUACACUGAUGUGGCUUUCGUCAUCAUUGCACGCGACUGUGGCUCUUCGCUCUGGUGGGCGUCCCUGGCCACCAUCAUUUUUGGGGUGGUGUUCUGCCAGAUGAUCUUCAAUACAUGCUUUGCAUGUUCGGAUUGCGAUGGGGAGCUUCCGGCUUCGUUUGGGUUCGUGCUCCUUGAUUUCAAGCUCAUUAACACGGCCGUUCGUGCGGUGGUACCCUUUGACCCGGAUGCUUCCGACCUUCCAGUGGCCAAGCCAGUGACGCUCAGAUCAUCCGGAAACCUGGUCAGUUUAGAGAAGGCAAUUGGCGACAUUGCGCAGGUUUGCAUACAGUCGCUGUUUCUGAUGAGUGCUUCGGUGCCGCACGGCUUUGUGAUCUUCAGCGUGGCCAUUGGAGCAGCAAACUGCUGCCUUUUGGUCACAGCGGUGGUGCAAGAUGCCAUUUCAGAAGAGUGGGCAGUGCAGGCCCAGGAUCUUCAACAAGGUACCGUGUUGGCACGAGGUGCAGAAAGCUCAUCUGACCUGGAGGAAGGGCCCGCCAGCCAGAUGCCCAUGGAGGAUAUGCCAGCAGGACCUGUGCCGACAUCGCUCGGCCUCAGCGCGCUCAGUGCACUGGAUCGUCCAGCAAGAAGCGAUGGCGUUGACCUGCUGUGA